AAUAGAUCAAGAAAGCAUUACGAAAGAGAUAGCUUUACCCAUUCACGAACAAUUAGAAUCCGUGAUUGACGAAGAUUCAGUUGCUUCUUUCAAUUUUAUGAAAACAAGAACUAUGAAAAAAAUCGCACCAAUGAUAUCUGAUGAAUAUGACGUACAAUUUGAUUGGAUAGGAAAAUUUGCUAGGCAAAAGGCUACAAAGAUCAAUGUGAAUGACGUUUUGCAGCUAGUUCCACAUAGAGGACUUUUAAAACCAAGUGAAAUACAAUAUAUCCAUGUGAUAUUUAGACCUAAAACAAAUAUACAUGUUCGCGCUAUUUUAGAAUGUGAAGUAUUGGGACCUCCAGAAUCUAUAAUAGUGACUGGCCAAAGUUCAGAUUUAAUGUACAAGAUAAAUACUCAACAAAUUAAUUUCAAAAUAAGAUCUUUUCACGAGCUCGCUUUUGAACAAUUGGUUAUAUCAAAUAUAGCACCAUUACUAUUUGAAUACAAAACCUACUUAAAUGAACCUGUGCUUGAAAUAGAAGGAACUAUUCUCGACUUAGUGCCGCCAGAAAAAGCACUAGAGCCUGAAGAAGUAACUGAAAUGAAAAUAGUUGUAAGGCCUGGUGUUGUAGGUUAUUUCAAUAGAGUAUUUCUGUUAGAGAUAGGACAUCUGCCUCACAUACCAAUUGAAGUGUUUGGAUGGGGUGUUAUUCCCCAGGUUUACCUGACUUUACACAGACCAGGCAUUAUUCAUAUACACCCUGAAGUAGGAUAUUUAGCUAUUCCAAUGUUGACAAUGGAAUAUUUAGAAGCAAUUAACGAACUUUUUACGAAAUCUCCAUCAGAACACUUAAAUUCGCCUCUCACUGAAAAAUGUUUCGAAGAUCCUGAAUUGCAACAAAAUUGGCAUAUUUGCUCUUCUUGGGAUGCUUACCCUUCUGUGAUGGACAUUGAAUUAGCGAUAGAAAGAAUUUUAGUCAUAAAUCACAUAAAGUUGCGACCGGAGUUACUAACAGCUUAUUCCAAUACAUCAAAGAUGGGACCUAUUCCUGGAUUUCACACAACAUCUUAUGUAAUCGAUUAUGGAGUUGUGAUAACGGGGAGUACGGUGCAAUGCAUGGCCGAAGUUAUUAAUUAUGGACCUAUUCCUACAAAACUUCAUUUCGCAAAAGGCACUCACAUACCUCCAUGGCUGGGAAUAAAAUUAUGUGGAAAGCUAAGUCCUGGAGAAGCCGGCAAAUUAGAAAUUAUGUUUUCUCCUAGUUCCAACGACUUUAUACAGCUGGAGGAGCCCGUUGAAACGUGUGUUAAUUUAGAGAUACCAUACGGUGUAACAAUACCAAUUCAGAUAAAAGCACUCUGUGCCGUUUUCGGGUCUGGUAAACCUACCUGCAUUUGGUAUGUGACAUUAAAAUUGAAAGCACCUGGCCCCAAUCCUAUGGUGGUGUUGGAUAGUUCAGGAAAAUACGAACCGGGCGAAGGAGGAUGGCUUAGUGUAGCCUUCAAACCAACAAUGGAGAUGACAUACGAAGGCUUACUUAUAUUCAGAUUUCACAUGAAUCCGACUAGAAUGACUAUACCAGUCUCAGGGCAGGGAAUCCUACCACAGGUUCAUAUCAUUGGGCCACAUGUUAACUUUUCCCCUACUCUACCUUGGGCGGAAACUACUGACGUCUACUUUGGAUUAACGAAUCCCCUGCCCUUUCCAAUAGAACUGAUUGUAGCUCAUAGCGAUGAAAAGUGGAAGGAAGAAGAUGAAAUAUAUCAACUACUUACUAAAUAUUAUAACAAACCGGAUGAAAUGCUCGUACCAGCUAUAAGACCUGGGACUGGUUUACCAUUCGAAAUAAUAAACUUCUAUAAGAAAUUUACAGAAAAAGUUACCAAGGCUCUCGAGGAGGAAUCUGCAGCAGCAAGAGCUCUCAGUACUCGGGCUAAUACAGCAGCAAAAAAAACAGCUAAAGGCUCAAAGCCAACUCCGAAAUCAACUACUCCUAAGGAAGCAACUCCAAGAAAGUUUAGAACUGAAGCGGAAAUCGUUGCCGAUGAGAUCAAAUCAUUAAAAGAAAACAAUGUAGAUCCGCUUAAAGAAUGUUUACACGUGUUUGACCAUUCAUCGACCGAUACAAAAACAGACAAAAAUAUGAAAGGUCUUCUCGUCUUUGUACAUGGAUCCCCAUGUGAAGAAGCACAUUGUCAAGAAAUAGCUUACUCUAUCGGAAAAAGGAUAGAUUUACCCACAAUUAAUGUUGACCUCUGUAUUGUGGAAGCACUAUGUAUAUGUGAUUGUCCAGCGAAACAAAUUUUAACCAGUGCGAUACAUGAAACUUUCGAAAUGUCGCAGAAACAUGCGAAAGGGGAUUCAGACGAUAACGAUGGUGUCAGCCAAGAAGCAUUCAAUGAAAAUGAAGAUGAGUUUGAUAUCAUUUUAAGAAAAAUAGAGUUCUUGGCGAAUAAUAAAAACGUUGGAACCCCUCGAUCAAAAGCCAGCGAUAAAAAGAAAAAGAAAUCGUCUAAUUCAUCGAUUGCUUCCCAUUCUGCUUUGGGCGCAAUGGGAUCUACUACACUAUUUCACAUGGAUUUAAUUCAUGAGUUGCUAACGGAUUUUUUUAGCCGUCCUAAAUUUAUGAAAGGCUUUGUAGUAGACUGCUUAACGAGUCUUGUUCUAAAAAAUCCUCCAUUAGUCCUUACUACAGUGUUGAGGUGUAAGCCCACAAUAUGGAACGUACACCUUGUGUUAUGUCAAUCUGAUUUCUAUAGGUGGGCACAAACGUAUGAAGAAACUCACAGGGAAAAUGAUUUGAUUGAUGAGAACAUGUCCAAAGUUUAUGACGAAGUUGAAAUAGAAGGCAUAAUAAAAUCUUUUGAAGAUAUGACUGCAGAAGAAUUUGAAAACUCAUCCCCAGAGUUAAAAUCUAUUUAUAUAAAUUAUGGGUUAGAGGAACGUCGACAAAAAUAUUACGAAUCAAUAGGACAAGUCGGGGAAAUUAUCCGAAAGGACAAAUCUGGUAAAGAUCGUAGCAAAUCUUUGUUGCAAGUAGAUGCAUCGGAGUCAAAGAAGAAAAUAAAAAAGGAGGAUACUAGAGCAAAACCUACAAGCGAAUUCUUAGUUAUGAAUACUAAGUAUAACGAUUACACUAAAAAUACGUACGAGAAUCUUAUCAACAUUGCUAAUAAUUGGGUUUUUGAGGAAAGUGAUGUAGGAAGUCCCAUUUAUGGUUUUAAUGGACAAGUGGUGGGAGCGGCACAAAAAAAGGCAAAAAGGAAAUCCGAAGUUCAAUUUCAGGCGUCAGAAGUUAGUUUCGAAGACAGAGGUUUUCCUCUAACUUUCAUAAUGUGUCCUUGUAUGCAAUACAAAGAAGCGUUGGUGAAUAUGUUUGUGAAUUCGCCAGUGGUACAGGAUGCUUUAAAAGAAGAGGAAGAACAUGAUAUUCUUGCUCUACCAGUAAACAGAAAAGAAUUUACAGUUUUACUUCCUAAGACGUUUCCCACAAUUCAUCAUGAGGAUCCGUUAAAAUGGCGGUACUUAGAUGAAAUGCCGAUAAAAAAGUGUGAAUGUAAUCAAUUAACAGAUCUAAAUUUGUUAGAUGAUACAACGCAAGAUAAUGUACUAAACAUUUUGUCUAAGUGGCAUUGCACUUGUGCCAAGAAAGUAACUUCCUCACAAACGUCUACAAGUGAGAUUCCCUCUACAUCUGUGGAAAACAUAGUGACGGAAGAGAGUGAAUUGGAUAUAUUUUAUCCACCGCCGUUGCGCAGUGUAAAAUCAAUUGCCGCGACUAGCGGGCGCUUAGUGCUGCAGCCUGGUGACCUGGUUAGAUGUAAAUACUCGUUCAGUCCGCAAGUGGAGGGCAAUUUUAGUGUUAAACGAUACGUCGAAGUCAGCGGGUGGCCAGACUCCAGAGUUGAUAUUAACGUUGUUGGUAUAUGCGAUUUACCAAGACUGGAUAGUAGACCAAAAAAAAUGUUCCAAAACUUCGCUAGAAGAGCCGUAGAGGACAAAGUAUACAAAGUGACUUACUUAGAUAAUCUCAAGAUGUUUGAAUUUGGACCCAUAUUUAUAGGAAACUUUAGAAUAUAUGAAGAAGAAUACACAAUUGAUUUGAAAAACUCUUCUUUAAUUACGGCUGAUGUUGAAAUAGAGUUCCAAGAGGAAACUACCGUUUUUCAAAUUGACAAAGAUUUCGUUACAUUAGAGCCGGGAUGUCGUGGAAAAUUGACUAUAUCGGCAGCCCCCGCUGAAGUUGGAAUCCAUAAUAGCGUGCUACUUUUUUGUGUAAAAGAUAAUCCAGAGAUUAUAACGAUUAAUAUUGGUUGCAGUGGAGUAGUACCCGUAGUAGAAAUACUACCGCUUACUAAGCAAAUUGAAUACGGAAAACUUUUACUGUAUCGUCGAGAAGAUGACAGAUUCAUUGUCAAGAAUGACUCUAUUUUGCCAAUAAUGUGGAAAAUACGGAAUUCCCAGGAGUUCAUGGAAGAUUUUAUUAUAGCUCAAACAUCAGGCAUCGUACCCAGACAGGAUAAUCAAGUAGUUCCAGUGACAUACAUUGCGUGUAGAGUCGGUGUUAUUUCGCAUAAAACUCUCACAAUUGAUAUAUACGACGCGGAUGGCCGAGGUGAACCAAUGUUAAUUGACACCUUAUACUUAUCGGCCGAGUGUUACGAUGUCAUGGUUGAAUGUGCCUACGAAAAUCCCGCUGAAACGUAUCUUAAUUACGGAAACGUGAAAGUAAAUUCCACUGUGGUCAGAGAAAUGUAUUUGUUGAACCGUGGCAAAUAUAACAUUUAUUUUAAGUUGAAAAAAGUACGAAACUUCCCGGAACCCUCUUUAUUGAGAUCCUUCGAAGUAACUCCGGAGUGUGGUAUAAUUCCUUCGAGUCUGAGACUGGUGUCGAUCGAAUUUGAGUGUACACCCACUACGUCGAUUAAUCUCGUAAAUGUGCCCGCCUAUAUAUGUUCUUUAUUGGACGGCAGUAAAGAUCAGGUUGUUGUUGCCAAGUUCCCAGUAUGUGUGACAAUUGCAUCGUUUUACAAUACGUUUACUUUAUUCCCAUUGGGUGAAUUAAACUUCCACAUAAUACCGGUCGGCAGUGGAGUUAUGAGGGAAGUGAUAUUAAAUAAUACUAGUAAAUGUCCUUUUACUUACGAGAUCAUUUUACCAAAAGUCUACCAAAUAGAUCCCAAUGCACCGCCUGCUAUGAAGCUAAAAGAUAACAAAUUGAAAAACCCACCGAUGAAGUGCGGAAACUUCAUGAUACUGAACGAUGACAAUUUACUCGCUCCUGGGACAAGUCGAACAUUGCAAAUACAAUUUUUAGCAACAGCGGCUAGGAAAUUCGAGGAGACUAUAAAGUUUAUAAUAAGUGAUACCUGCCCUGCCGAAGCUCAGGGCGUGCCACUAAAGCUGGUCGGCACAGGAGCCAUGCCAACUUUGGAUAUUUGGAACAUAGAAACCACUUUUAGAGAACAUCUGAUUGUUAAAGAUCUUUCUGAAUAUAAAGUGCCCGAAGAAUAUAGAGCAGUUUUAGAAAUAAAAUUGAAACUUCUUGACAACCAAGAACAAUCCUACAAGAUCUGCUUGAUAGGCGAAGGAGUUAUACCGAGGUUGCACAUGGUGUCCCCGCCUGUAAGACAGCACAGAAUCGCCUUACUACAAUUCCCAGUGACAUGCCUGGGCUCUAUCAGCACAAAACCUAUAAAGUUUAAAAAUAUAAGUUCUGUGAAAGCCGCUAUAGUGCUGGAUGUUAUACAGCAACCUUAUGACUCACGACCUGUAUUUUGGUUAACUGCUGCGCCGAAAUCCGAGAAGAUGGUUAUUAUUGGGAAUAAUGAAGAUAUGAAUGUAACUAUGAAAAUUUUUAUAAAUCCAGACGAAAUUGCAACAAUUGAUGUGCAUUACAAUCCAUUGAAGAAAGGCAGGAUUAGUUGCGACGUAAAACUGACUAUCCUUGACAAUCCAUACGAAUAUUAUACUGUUUUGUGCGAAGCAGAAGCAUUCAUGGAAGAUGUCAUAUUAAUUGGAAUCGAAAUGCUUUCUAUGGAUACAGACAUCGAUGCCUACAAAGCAUCAGUUGAAGGCACACUUUCUACUAUAUCAACAGUAGAUAGUAGGAAGAAAAGUCGCAGUGCGCCACUUGAUAAGAAAAAAUCGAAAGCAGAGGGUAAAAAGGGCAAAAGAAUGUCCGUCAGUUCAAUGAAGCAAACCGAUUCUUCGAGUCAGCCAUCGGUGUUAAAAUACGUUUUGGAUUUUGGUGGCUGCGAAUUGUGUUCUAUGCAGAGAAGGUCGUUUAUAAUGGUCAACAACUCUGACAAAGUGUAUAAAUUCACGUGGGGGGAAGUUGAUCACAUCGUUAUAAGACCUUCAUCAGGAUAUAUUUCGCCGGGCGAAGAAAAAGAUUUAGAGAUAAUGUUUUUCUCCGGGCAACCGGUUGCUAUUAAAAUGGCUUUUAUCAAUUGCUCAUUAACUGCAAUAAGUGAUGACACCCUUACUAUCGAUAUCAAAGGCGCUACGUGGGAUAACCGGCAGAUUGUCACAUUAUUUGACCGUGAUAGACGGGCCAGUCUUAACGAGAGAUGUGAAGUGACAAUAGAUGAGCAACUAGUCACGCCAUCGGAAGCUUUUCUAGGCGCUAUCCAUAUCGUGGUACUUUACUCAGCAACCACAGAGUACACAAAAUAUGUGUGCACGCUAAAGGAGGAAAAGAAUUUAAAGGAUACAUUCAUUUAUCAAACGAGAACAUUCGAAUUUAAUGUGGAUAACGUGGGAAACGUUCCAAUGAAAAUAUCGUGGAAUUUUCAAAUUGACGAUGAAUUUCCAGCCAGAAUAGACAAAUAUAAGCAAAGAAAGAUGAUGGAUGGUCGCGUUAGUGGCAGCCUGCACGAUGCUAAUCAAUCAGAACCAAAUCUUCCUGAGAAAAUGGAAGGAAUGGUUUCUAGCAAAGUGACUUUGUUUAGCGGCAGUGAAGGAAGAGAGAGUGUGGAUACGUGGUUCGAAGUUGAUUUACCUUUUGUAAUCGAACCUACCAAAGGAUGUCUAAAGCCAAAUGAAAGUAAAAAGUUUAAAGUCAUAUUUUCACCUCUAGAGGCAUUUGACUAUACCGUAAGACUGAAAAGCACAAUAGAAAAUUUGGAUCCAUAUGAUCAAAAUGUCACUUGUAAAAUUACUGCGAAAUCUUUGAUUCCGUAUUGCCACUUGGAUAUAGAAGAAAGUGAUUAUUUAACGUCUGGAAGAAGAAAGAUAACUGGAGUUGCUCUGCCGCCCCACAUGACAGUUCUAGAGUUUAAUGUUUUGGGAUCUGGUUGUUAUAAAAAAAAAUUUAACGUGAUAAAUCCGACAUGUGAAGCAUACGAAUUUAUUUUCGAAAUGGUGAUAUCCGAUAAACCAGAAUUAACUCCAGUCCAUUGCGACAUGCUGAAAGGUUUUGUUGAAGGGGGUACUUCCACUGAAGUUACAUUUACAUUUUCUCCCACAGCUCCUGGGGUAUAUGAAUCACAGUGGAAAUUUAUAGUUCCAGUUUUUAAUUUAGUUAUAAAUUUACUAGUUGUGGGUUUAGUAAGAGAACCGGAUGUGGUAUUUUUGCCAACAAUUUUAAUAAUCCGCAACUCUCUAGUGAGUUUUACGAAAACUGAUGUGGUGAUAUUGAAGAAUAAUGAACGUGAAAGUCUUGUUUUUGAAUUCAAAGGCAAUUCCUUAUGCAACGAAACUGGUAAAACGCCAGUGAUUGUUGAUCCCGAAUACGGUUUAUUAAAGCCGCUCUCCGAAACGCCAAUCAAGAUUAUUUAUACCCCAAUUCAAGACGGUCCAUUGUCGUUCAAGAUAUUUUGCAGCAUAACAUACAUGACAAAGUUUUUAACACUUUGUGUAAAUGCAUUGAGUUAUGAAAUAAAACCUAAAGUGACUUAUUAUAUCAUAGGAAAUGAGCAUGUUCUUAACAGUGAUGCGAUUACAAACAUACAUCUCGAUCAGACGGCAUCGACAUACGAGAGAACUAUACCGUUUAUUAUAAAAAAUGACGGAUCAGCUACCUUCUUUUUUGAUUGGCAAUACACCGUCAGUGCUGUGAAGAAAUAUCUCCAGGUAAACAUUGAGCCAAGGAACGGGCACGUAGCCCCGGGAACCAAAGUAGAGUGCGUUCUAUAUUUUACACUCAAGCAAGUACCAGUUCAAGCAUUCCCGGUUACGUUAUUGAUCUCCGACGGUCCUGAAUAUAGCAUAUAUUUACACGCGGAAAUUGAAAAACCAUUGUACCGAUUCUCGUGCAUGGAAUUCGAUUUCGGGAAAUCUAUUGUGAAUGCUCCAGAUAAUACCUAUAAAAAGAACAUUGCUUUUGUAAACGAAGACAAAGUUCCGAUGAUUCUUGACCUGAACUUUACAAAUGUGCCGGAGCUGUUCGUCGAUUACAAAGCCGUAUCAAAUAUUGAACCAGACAAACGCUUAAAAAUAGCAAUUUACUUUAGACCGAAGCAAGUAAGAGAAUAUGAAUUCAAGUUACAGUUCUGGGUGAAUUCCCUUUGUGAAGAAGUGGUUACUAUCAAAGGCGAAGGUAUCCCACUACUCUUCGAUCUCUAUGAAGGUUGCCAAAAGAGUUUCGAUUUGGGGCCUGUGAAAGUGGGCGAUAAAAUAGUGCGCACCAUAGAAGUGAUGAAUCACAGUAAAGUACCGAUUAAUGCCAGUUUUAUAUUUAGAGACAUGUAUCCAAUUAUAGAAGACACGACUAAUUCUGAAAUGACUAGCGUAUGUCUGAGCCCUAGUACUGUGAAUGUACAAGCGAGUGCUGGACCAUCGAGAGGGAAAAUGUUACAAAAGCACAAAGAUGACCAAAUUCGAGAGCAAAUAGCGAUGGACAUACAAAAUGCAUUGUCUUCCCUGAAAGUCGUCCCCAACAAAUGUAUUAUUAAACCAUACAGAAAGGUUCCCCUGAAAAUACAGUUUAAACCAGUCGGAAUGAUAAGUACUCUCAAUGUUCAGUUGAACAUGACCGUAUUUGAUUUCGAAAGACCGCUAGUACGUUUGAGUGGAAGCGCAACGGGCAUGAGUCUUUGCUUCAGUCAGAACUCAUUGCAAUUCGGUCGCGUUCGCAAACGCGGUUGCAAGAUAUUGAAAGUUAUGUUGUUGAACAAAGGGGACUUUGGUGCCAGAUUUUGGUGGCAACCGUUAAUUUCGGACGAAUUUACAAUAUCUCCUAUGCAGGGGAAUGUUGCUGCUCGGACUAACGUUACGUUUACAAUAACAUUUCGACCUAUCAACCAUAAUCCAUUUAUCAAAGUGUGGGCAAGUUGCAAUAUAGAAAACUACCCACCAUUAGAGUUGGCCCUAUAUGGCACGUGUGUGGACAUUGGAAACAUUCAGAACAAAACAUUAUACUUGGAGUGCCCUGUGAGAGAAGUGCAGACUGAAUAUGUAAUUGUUACGAAUCCUUCUGAUGACAUGUGGUUAGUUUUAUCGGAAGUUUCUGGAGGACCAUUCGACACACUUAAAGAGUUUCAUGUAGAACCAAACUCUACAUUUGAAAUUCCUGUGCACUUUAAGCCUAAAACUAUUGGGAAACACGAGGCUCAAGUCCUUUACUCGCCUCUCGGUGAGAGCGCGUUGUUUAUAACUCUGAUAGGAGCUGCAACACAUCCUAAUCCAAAUGGCAAUAUAUUGAUCACCGUACCAGCUAAAGAGUCGCACACACAAGAGCUACUCGUACAUAAUAUUACGGAGUUUCCAGAAUCGUACAACGUCUCUACGGAGCUGGUAAAAAUGGUGCCUGAUAAAUUUGAAGGAUAUUACGAAAUUAAGCACCCUGAGACUAUCAAGGUGUGGGGAGAAGCAUCUGCAACGUGCCGCUGGACCUACGUCUGCUACGAAGAGUGCGAGAUGCAAUUGAAAGUAAUGUUCGUGAACGAAUUAACUCGCGAAUAUCAAUUUUACAAUAUAACCACGACGGUGACGCCGAGCAAAAUAGUUGACACGCUGAAGUUCGUUUCUCGCGCGAGAGAGUCCGUCCAGAAGGAGCUAACGAUUAGCAACCCGUUGUCGAACGAUGCCGACUUUUAUAUUCGAUGCGAUAAGCUCAAAUGUCCUGAAAUGCUCACUAUUGGCAGGAACUCUGAGGAAAUACUUGUGAUGACUUAUUCACCUCUCGUGGUGGGCGAAACGGAAGAUUUCUUGGAAGUGGUUAACCACCUUAUCGGUUCAUAUAUUUAUAAGGUUGUAUUGAAAUGUCUACCAGCUAAAGAAAAAAAUCUAGAUUUUACCACAGCGCUCGGAACUAUCAUUCCCAUCCGAUUAAGAGUACAUAAUAAAACAGAUGGAAAAACCACUUUUACAACUACGGUUUCCCAUCCAUCUAUACAAGCAGAUAAAGAAUAUACACUGGGACCUUUCGAUAAAGGCAAAUUUUUGGUAUGGUUUGAACCAAUGGAGCUGGGAACGCAAAUGUGCAAAGUAUCAUUUAAUUCCCUCGCUGCUGGCGAAUUCAUUUUUAAUAUAAAAGGUAUAGGCUUGGAACCUAAGCCUCAGGGUCCUUAUGAUAUUAAAGCUGGGAGCUACACUAUGAUUCGUUUUAAAAAUGUGUUUGAAGACUCCAGAGUGUUCAAAAUAUAUGUAGACCGAGAAGAGUUUUACGUAAAAGUAUUGUAUGAAACAAUUAAACCUAAGAAGGAUACCAAAGUUUACGUGUACCUGAUUGAUAGACCACCGCAGGGCUGGGCCGAGAAUCCAACUGGCAGCCUUACGAUUGAGACGUAUGAACCAGCUGAACCUAAAGUGCAGUGGACCUUCUUUCUUCAAGGAAUGCCUUAGUUUAUAAAUGUUAUUUUAUUUCUUAGUGAUUCAUUUAUUCUCAUGUCUUUAAGGCAAUACAAAAUUAAAGUACUAUGCGAAUUGUAAA